AUGAUUACAAAAUGUAUGAUUCAUGGUCCCUGUGGCAUACUUAAUCCAAAUUCUCCUUGCAUGAAGGAGGGUUUGUGUUCUAAAAAUUUUCCGAAAGAUUUUCAAGAGACGACUCAGGAAAAUGUGAACGGUUAUCCAGUUUACCAGAGAAGUAUUACAGAACCUAUCAAGGUAGGUAAACAUGAUAUUGAUAAUCGUUGGGUUGUGCCUUACAACCCUUGGUUAUCAAAGAAAUUUAAUGCUCACAUCAAUGUUGAGAUUUGUGCUUCGGUCAAAAGUGUGAAAUAUCUUUACAAGUAUGUUUACAAAGGCCAUGAUGCUGCAUCUAUUAAAUUGCAGUUAAACGAUGAUGUAAAUCACGAUGAGAUUUUGACAUUUCUAGAUGUCGGUGCUCCUGAGGCAAUAUGGCGGCUAAAUGAAUUUCAUAUGUCUGAAAAAUCCCACACUGUUAUGAGGUUAGCUGUUCACUUACCAAAUCAACAGCAAGUAAUUUAUCAGAGUGGCCAUGAAGUUGAAGCUGUUGCUCGAGCCUCCGCCAGACAUACGACUUUAACAGCAUGGUUUCAAUUAAACCAAACUGAUGUUGAUGCCUGCAGAUAUUAUUAUUCUAAUAUGCCUCAUUAUUAUGUUUUUGAUCGUAGUAAUAAUCGGUGGAAAAGACAUGAAAGGGGUUGGGACCAAAUAAUAGGCAGGAUGCCCGUUGUCAGCAUUCAAGAUAGCGAACGUUAUGUUGCUGCUGCGGAAACCUGGUGCCAUUAG